UUACUGAUUGCUAAAUCAAAAUUGAAAUCCCUAGAAAAUUUACAAAAUCCCCAAAAUCGAGCGAGCUCCCGAAAAAAUCUCCGAUUUCUGGGAAAAUUUGUCGAUAAUUCGUUCUAUCUUCGCCCUCUAGGUUUUGCAAUCUCUUUCUGGGUUUUCUCUACGUUGCUUAUUUGAUCUCUAAUUUGUGUGAGUUCGCACGUGCGACAUCGUCUCUUCACCGAUUUAUUGCUCUGUUCUAAUCACGUUUUGUCUCUUUGACAAGUUUGCUUCUUUGUCCAUCAAUUUCAAAGGACGUUUGCACGGUGCUAGGUGUAUUGUGUUGUUAAGAGCUGCUUUACUGAGAUCAUUUGAAGAAUAAUUAAGAGCUGGAAAAUUAGCUUUCAGUCUCCUGAAGAGUUAGGACAAGGCUACGAAGGUUCUUAAGAAAUAAGAUGAAUGUUCAGGCUCACAUGUCGGGGAAACUAUCUGGGCAGGCUCCAAACCAAGGGACAGUGCCGCAGAAUAAUGUGAACUCUCAAAUGCAGAACUUAGUUGUUGCUUCAGGUGCUGGUGGUGGUGCUAGCGCAGGGCCUUCACGUAUUGGUCCCAUGGACCAUGAUGUUUUAAAACUAAGGCAGUACAUGCAAAUCCUAGUAUUUAACGUUUUACAGCAACGGCAACCAUCUCCAGCUGAUGCUGCAUCGAAGGCAAAGUAUAUGGAUGUUGCUAGACGCUUAGAGGAGGGGCUAUAUAAGAUGGCUACCUCAAAGGAGGAUUACUUGAACCGGUCAACCCUUGAGUCUCGGAUUACAAGCCUAAUAAAAAACAGACACCUGAAUAACUACAAUCAGCGACGUGCUAAUUCUUCAACGGUUGGAACAACGAUGAUACCUACUCCAGGAUUAUCACACGCUGGGGGUAAUUCUAGCUCGAUAGUUAGACCCUCUGCUAAUGCUACAAUAGCUGGAAACAACAGCAGCACAAGUACAGCUGUGAAUACUGGAAACGUUCUAGCUGCUCGUGGCAUGCAUGGAGAUAAUAUGUCUAAUGGAUACCAACAUUCAUCGAGAAACAUGACAUCCAUGGGUCCUCAAAGAAGUACUACCCAGAUGAUUCCUACACCUGGGUUCGUUAACAAUGGUACUAAUAACAACAGUGGUGGAUUUUCUGCUGAGCCCACAGUGGUACCUCAGUCUCAGCAGCAGCAGCAGCAGCAAAGGGAGGAAACUGGUGGUCAGAAUAGUCACAUACUGUCCAACCAAGUGACUGCUGGCCGUAGACCCGGGAUGCAACCAAAGGCAGGUGGUGUGGCCAAUAACUCUGUAAAUGGUGGUGCUCGAGUGAACGAAAAAAGUGUAGACAAAGGUAAUUCUUCAACAAAUUUACAGCAGUCCAUUGAUAACUCUCCCCUGUCAGGAAAGCAGAGUACCAUUGGUCCUUCCUUGUGCUCUGGUGAUUGUGAAUCACUAGUACUUACUAGUCAGAAUACUAAAAGCAUGUUUCUUCAUAUUUCAGGAGAAGGUUAUAGAAAAACAAAUCCUGACACCCUUGGACCUGGAAAUUUGCAUGGAGGUGUAACAUCGGUUGGGAUGAUGACUAAUGCUCAGAAUAUCAAUGCCGCAAGUCUACAGUCUGUGUCCAGAGCUAACUCUUCUCGGUCACAUCCACAACAACAAUUUCCGCAACAGCCUAAUCAGAUUCAACUGCAGCAGCAGAAAUUUCUCCAGCAGGCCGUGCAGCAACAUAAAUUAAUAAGCAAUGAGGAUUCCGGGAAACCUCAGGUGGCAUUUGACAUGGUUACGAAUGUUAAGUAUGAACCUAGAAUGGAGAACAAUAGUGAAGCUAUGCACUCGCAAGCAUCUGAACGGCUCCCGCUUUCUCAGUUGCAGAAUCAAUAUCAGAACUCUGGAGAAGGCUGCUAUGCAGACGCUCAGCAUCUCUCAGUUACAAGUCAGAAUGAUGUAGGCACGUCACUUCCUCAAAAUAGCGGACAGAUUCAGCAAAUGCUGCACCCGCAGAACAUAGGUUCUGAUUCUGUCAACAGUUUUAGCAACCCUGCUAUUGGAGUUAAACCAGAUUCCAAUGGUAUGUCAAGUCAACAGAACGUUCAGGAGGAUUUCCGUCAAAGAACUACCGCGAUGAAUGAAGCUCAACCUAAUAAUUUGACCGAAGGGUCUGUUGUUGCUCAGAAUCAUACUUCUACUGUAUCCAGUUCCCAUAGUCUGCAGAAUCCUAUUGGAACGAUGCGUAGAUAUGGGAAUCCCGAUCCCAAGAUCCGAAAUCAACAGAGGUGGCUCUUGUUUUUACUUCAUGCACGGACCUGUAACCCGCCAGGAGGGAAGUGCACAGACCGAAAUUGUGUUACUGUUCGGAAACUAUGGAGUCACAUGAACAGUUGUGUUGAAACUCAGUGUUUAUAUCCUCGGUGUCCUCACGCAAAGUUACUGAUUAGCCACUAUAAAAACUGCAAAGAUCUUCGGUGCCCUGUCUGUAUGGCAGUGAGAACCUUCCGUCAGCGACAAGUUAAUGCGUGUGCCCAGACCCGUUUAGAAAACGAAAUCAGCGCAGUGAACGGAGCUGUAGUAUCAAAUGAUUCCCUAUGCGCUACUGAUGGAGCGGUUUCUGGUACCCUUGGCUGUGCUGAUACUUUAGAUAAUUUGCAACCUCCAUCAAAACGGUUGAAGGUGGAACCGUCUAGUCAACCAGCGGUUCCUGAGACUGAAAGUUGUAAAAGCUCCGUUGUUUCCAAAACAGAGACAGAAUUAUCUCAGGAUGCUGACAGAAAGGAUCAUAGGCACAGCGAUGCACAUGUGGCAUUGAAGUCAGGGAAGUUGGAAGUGAAAGAAGAAGUUUCUGAUAAUUCUGUUCAAGCAGGAGAGAUUAAACAUGACGCUUGUGAAAAUGUUCCCAAGCCUAGUCAUGAUUUAUCUGGUGUCUCGACAAAGCAAGAUAACAUAAGAAUGAAGCAAGAGCUGAAUAAAGAAGAUUUGGUGAAGUCUCUUGAGGAUGCAUCAAAAUAUGGAAAACCAAAGAUAACGGGUGUUGCUUUAACUGAAUUGUUCACUCCCGAACAAGUGAGAGAACAUAUUCGUGGUCUUCGUCAGUGGGUUGGCCAGAGCAAAGCCAAAGCAGAAAAGAAUCAGGCCAUGGAAAAUUCAAUGAGUGCAAAUUCAUGCCAGUUAUGUGCGGUGGAGAGGCUUACAUUCGAGCCAGCACCUAUUUAUUGUACUCCGUGUGGUGCACGUAUCAAAAGAAACGCAAUGUACUAUACUGUUGGAGGUGGUGAAACUCGUCACUACUUUUGUAUUCCCUGUUAUAAUGAAGCCCGAGGAGACACUAUACUCGCCGAAGGGACUUCAGUACCAAAGGCAAGACUCGAGAAAAAGAGAAACGAUGAAGAGACUGAAGAAGCGUGGGUCCAGUGUGAUAAAUGUGAGGCUUGGCAGCAUCAAAUAUGUGCUCUAUUUAAUGGGCGGAGGGAUGAUGGGGGGCAAGCUGAGUACACCUGCCCAUAUUGCUAUAUAAUCGAGGUUGAGCAAAAUGAGAGGAAGCCUUUACUUCAAAAUGCUGUUCUUGGAGCGAAAGACCUGCCGAAAACGAUUCUCAGCGACCAUAUAGAGCAGCGUUUGUUUAAAAGACUGGAACAGGAAAGGACCGAGAGAGCCAGGGCUCAAGGGAUAAAUUAUGAUGAGGUUCCAACUGCUGAAUCCCUUGUGGUUAGAGUUGUUUUGUCUGUUGACAAGAAGCUGGAAGUCAAAUCUCGAUUUCUUGAAAUUUUUAGGAAUGAUAAUUUCCCCACAGAAUUUCCAUACAAGUCUAAGGUGGUUCUAUUGUUCCAGAAGAUCGAAGGCGUAGAAGUAUGCUUGUUUGGGAUGUAUGUCCAAGAAUUUGGAUCCGAAUGUUCGUCUCCUAAUGAACGCCGUGUUUAUCUCUCGUAUCUGGAUUCUGUGAAGUACUUUAGACCUGAGAUUAAAUCUGCUUAUGGAGAGGCUCUGCGCACUUUUGUAUACCAAGAAAUUCUUAUUGGUUACCUGGAAUACUGCAAACUGCGUGGUUUCACGAGCUGCUAUAUAUGGGCUUGUCCACCACUGAAGGGUGAGGACUACAUCUUAUACUGCCAUCCAGAAAUUCAGAAAACGCCAAAAUCUGAUAAACUACGGGAGUGGUACUUGGCAAUGUUGAGAAAAGCUGCAAAGGAAGGGAUUGUAGCGGAAACUACAAAUCUAUAUGACCAUUUUUUCCUGCAAACCGGUGAAUGUAGAGCUAAGGUUACGGCAGCUAGGCUCCCGUAUUUCGAUGGUGACUACUGGCCAGGUGCAGCAGAGGAUAUCAUACACCAAAUGGGUCAAGAAGAUGAUGGUAGAAAAGGAAAUAAGAAAGGAAUACUCAAGAAACCUAUUACAAAAAGGGCUCUAAAAGCAUGUGGACAGUCUGAUCUGUCUGGGAAUAUGUCCAAAGAUCUGCUGCUAAUGCAAAAACUUGGUGAGACCAUUCACCCCAUGAAGGAGGACUUUAUCAUGGUUCACUUGCAGCAUUGUUGCAAUCAUUGCUGUACACUGAUGGUUACUGGAAAUCGUUGGGUCUGCAACCAAUGCAAAGAUUUCCAGUUAUGUGAUGGGUGCUAUGAGGCUGAACAGAAACGAGAUGACAGAGAAAGGCAUCCUGUAAAUCAAAAGGAUAAACAUACACUGUAUCCUGUUGAGAUCACCGGUAUUCCUGAAGACACCAAGGAUAGAGAUGAGAUACUAGAAAGUGAGUUUUUCGAUACGAGGCAAGCGUUCCUGAGUCUUUGUCAAGGGAACCAUUAUCAGUAUGAUACACUGAGGCGGGCAAAACAUUCUUCCAUGAUGGUGCUUUAUCAUCUUCACAAUCCAACUGCUCCUGCCUUCGUCUCGACGUGUAACGUGUGUCACCUCGAUAUUGAAACUGGUCAAGGCUGGCGCUGUGAAGUUUGCCCUGACUACGAUGUAUGCAAUACUUGUUACCGUAAAGAGGGAUGUAUUAAUCAUCCUCACAAGUUGACAAAUCAUCCAUCACUAGCUGACCAAAAUGCUCAGAAUAAAGAAGCUAGGCAGUUGCGAGUCUUGCAGCUGAGGAAAAUGCUCGAUCUUCUGGUGCAUGCGACGCUAUGCCGUCGUGCGACGAAUUGUCAGUAUCCUAAUUGCCGCAAAGUGAAGAGUCUUUUCCGACAUGGUCUAGGUUGCCAGAGACGUGCUUCGGGAGGGUGUGUUCUAUGCAGGAAAAUGUGGUAUCUCUUACAAAUCCACGCCCGGGCCUGCAAGGAAUCAAACUGUGCUGUACCUCGAUGCGGAGACCUAAAGGAGCAUCUGAGGAGGUUACAGCAGCAAGCGGAUUCACGCCGCAGAGCAGCUGUCAUGGAGAUGAUGAGGCAGAGAACUGCAGAAGUCGCGGGGACUUCUGCUGAUUAAUUUUGUAUAUACUUAAUCGCAUUUAGGAACAGAAGUGGAAAUCUGAAUCUUCUUUAAAAGGCUAAGAAGAUAGAAGAAGCUGAUAUCUCUGAGCUCCAAAUGAAGAAGUGAACAACACAACCUAGUGAGACACGUAAGAAGCAGGAAACAAUGAGGUUUAACUUGGAUAGAUUCGUAUUUAGCCUUCACAAGUCAUGAUGAUGAUGAUAACUUGGAGAGCAAGGUGGUGAUUUGAUGAGUUUCUCAGCUGAAGUGCCACUGGAGUAAGUAGAAGAAUUUUCAUAGAUGCUAACUUAUACCCUGGUCGCGUCACAAACAAAGGAAGAAGUCAGAUUCCAGGCUCUUUAACUUAGUUCAGUAGCUUGAUCUGAUUGGUGAUUCAUUGAUUGUAUAUAUACACACACACACACUCUGUUUCUGCUUUACCAUAACUUUCCUCUCUUUCUUCUGGUGUUCUUUUUGAUCGCUUUGUGUAUUUAAAAAACGUCUUAUUUCUA